AUGACUUUGUACACCAUGUGCUUCGGCGGCAUUUUCGAUAUUUUCCUAUAUCACCUGUCACAAGAGCAACAGGUCAUUACGGACGAUCCCGUUAGCGUUGGAUCUGACGCACCUUCGCCUGGUCAUUUCUUGAUCAAUACGUUUAGCAACUUUGAGCUGAUCUUUGAGCUUCGGCCGUCCCGGCCCGCCGAGUAUCCCGAGAGCUCGACGUGUUCAGAUCUUUACACGUGUGGAACAUCCAUUCUACAUAUCACUGAUGGAAGUGGAAACGGAGACUGCUGUAAGGUUGGGAACCGUAUACCGUUUGCAUAUUUCUCGAACGGCACGACGCACCUUCAAAUCACCAUGGAUGCUGUUGGGCAGAACGAAACAUUGGACAGGAGGAGCUACAACAAAUUGCAGCACUGCGAAGCUCCGAACGAACUGCCGCUGCACCAGUGGACUCACGUCAAGCUCAAGGCCAGUGGAGCAGGCGACUCCAAGGGCAAAAUGGACCACUCGGAUGGUGGCGUGGUGAUGUUCAUCAACGGGACGAAGGUUUGCGAAAUUCCGGGGACGGAGUAUCACACGUUGCCCAGCCGCACAGCUGCACAUCUUUUUCUUGGAUCCUUGAAAAGUCCACCCGUGAGGGUUCCAGAUGCUCAUCUUCCGGCGAAUUUCGACAUCCGGUCUGUCAGAUAUGGCAAGCCUGCAUCAAAUUUGUUCGUGGGAUUGGCAAACAGUGCCCAAGGCAUUUUGUCGAUGCUGCUUAUGUAUCCGAUUGGUUGGAUCGGCGACAAAACUAAUCGUUAUUUCUUGUUACGAGGAAAUCUGCUUGUGGCUGUUCUGUCAGGGGUCGCGAUGGUUAUGGCUGUGUAUACCUCCAGCAUUGUCUUGCUCUUCACGGGCAUCUGCAUCUUCACUUGGUAUCAACAGACGAUAUCCUCCACAAUCUAUGCUUGUUUGGCUGACAAUGUGGGCGCGGAGCGCCGGACGCGAGCCGGGGUGAACUACAAAACCUUCUCUGCACUGGCCAUGUCGCUGGGCCCAGGCAUUCAGCUCCUGGUGGUCUGGUUCGGUCCUGCCGAGGACAGUUGGACGGCGGACAUCUUUGAGCUGUUGCUACUUCCAGGUUGGCUGAUAUUGCCAUUAAUUGGACUCUCCAUUGCCUUCAUGGUUCCAGUCGGGAAGGAGCUCAGCAGCAUCCCGAACACGGACGAAGUGUCGUCGGCUCGCACGCCCGACAUGCGCAAGAGGAUCAGUGAGGCCUGGCUGGAGCACCGAGUCCUGGGAUCACUGAAGCGACGUUUCGUCGUCGCCUUGUCUGUGAAUGUCUUCUUCAUUAUGACUCUGCUGGCCAAUGGAAUGACGGUGCGGUACUUCGCGCUGUACUUCACGCAGGUGCUCAGGUUCACCCCGGCGCAGCUCUGCAUCCUGAAUGCAGUGUGCAGGCUUUUCAUAGCGGCCUUCGCUCAAAUUGGAAAGCCUCUUUCAGUCUGGAUGGGUCGGUGCAACCUCGCACUGCUGCUCCAUAUAGGGUCUGCUGUCGCAACUCUCGGCAUUUAUGGUGGCAACUGGUUCAAUCCUCCUGUGCUGGUGGCUUGUGCCUGCUACCUCUUGCGCUUUGCAUGUUUGCAUGCACGGGACCCAGUCCUGUACUCAAUCACAAUGGACUGUGUUCCGGUGAGCCAGCGUAGUAGAUGGGCUGCCCUGAACUCACUUCGCACGCUCUCCUUCAGCGCUUCUGCCGUCCUGGGUGGAUUUCUGGCUGUGCUGACCUGA